ACAAAUUCCAUGCAUACAUUCAGAUUACUAAAUAUUUCAUCAUUGGGAUGGUCUUAAUAAACUUCAUUCAAUUCCAGGACCAAACAACCCCUCAAGUAUUUUUCUUCCCUCUAUUGCUAAAACCCUAAAACCCUUGAAUUAUUACUAAACCCUACAAAGUACAAAAAGCUAUAAACAAAAAUUUUCAAAAAAUUUUCAACAUGCCAACCUAAAACCCUAACACCAGAACCUCAGUUAGGACAUGAUGGAAUGUCAAUUUGAUUGAUGAAACAAACAAGCCUUUAAACUUUGAUUUACCCAUCAUUACAAAACCACCACAAAACCCUAAAACCCUUGAAUUGUUAAAUCCAUAAAAUGCUCACAAAAUUGUAAAGCAAACCCCCAAAUGCAAAAAGCUAAAUAUGAAAUUACCCAGAAAAAAAAAUCACCAAAACAACGUAAAACCCUAAUGGCAGAAACCCAUUUGAGGAAGAGUACAUUUCAAAACCCUAAUUUUCAGCAAUGCUUUUCUGUAUGUAGAGAAAGAGAGAAGCCACCCUUAAAACCCUUAAAUCAUUAAACAAAGAACCCUGAAAAUAUCCGAUAAAAUGCUCACAAAACUUUAAAGCAACCCCACCCAAGCAUGAACUUACCCAGAAAACCUAAAACCCUAAUGGAUGGAAGAAAGUUAAGGAGGAGCACACUUCAAAACCCUAAUUAUCAGCAACGCUUUGCUGUAUACAGGGAAAAAGACAGAGAGGGUUUAGACAUUGAAAAACCCUAAUUUGAGCCAGAGAAGGAGAGACUACCUUUACCUUUAAGCUGAGAAUGCUCUCCGCUGGGCCGGUAUCGGAGCAGGGUUUUUAGGGUUUUAUAGUAGGGGCACUGGAGGGAGUGAGAAGCGGUUUGUAUGUGGCAGGACCACAGAACUUCCCUACUCUUAUUUGUUUGACACUAUCAUAGAUUGACACGUCAUCUAAAAAGCCAACGUCGACACGUGGUCAGUUCCUACUGCUUGGAAAUGAACUCUAAGGUACUCCUCCUGUAUUGUAUAAUAACCCGCAAAUCUAUAAAUAUUGAUGUGGGCAAAAACCUUGAAAUAGGCUCCAUUAAAACCCUAGUACGAGAGGAUAUUUUCCUCCCCAUUUUCUCGGCAUCCAACCGCCGGAAACCCUAGCAGCAGCAGCGUCGAGCGAAGAUGGCGGCCCCCAAGAAAACCAAGAAGACUCAAGAAAACAUCAACAACAAGCUCGCUCUCGUGAUGAAGAGCGGCAAGUACACGCUCGGCUACAAGACCGUGCUCAAGAGCCUCAGAAGCUCCAAGGGAAAAUUGAUUCUGAUUUCGAACAAUUGUCCGCCGCUCCGAAAAUCGGAGAUCGAGUACUAUGCGAUGCUUUCCAAAGUCAGCGUGCACCAUUUUCAUGGGAAUAAUGUUGAUCUGGGAACAGCAUGUGGCAAGUAUUUCCGGGUCUCUUGCCUGAGCAUUGUCGAUCCAGGUGAUUCUGAUAUCAUCAAGCAAAUGCCUAGUGACCACUGAGCUGACUGUUAGAUGGGUGCUGAGGUUUUCUCACAAACUAUAGGACAAUUUUGUUUUUUGGUACUACCAUAGACAGGAGCCUCUUUUAUUGUUGAAAUUUUUCGUCCCAUCAAAAGGGCAAAUUUUAUUUUGGUUAAAUGACAGCAGACCUUCAAAUCCCAUAUGGUUUUUAGAAUCAAAAGAAAGAUUGUUUGGGAUA